AUCUAAUAAUCAUUCUUAUUAUGAUGGUGCAUCUAUCCUGGUUCAUGUAAAUAUGCGAGGAAAUUUGGAUCAUCCAUAUUUAAAUUUCAAAACAUCGUUAUAUAUGCUUUCAGGAGAGAGGUUUGAGAAUAAGGUCCAAAUAGAUUGGCCAAAUCCUUUUCAAGAUGAUUAUCCUGGUUUUUCUAUUUUGGGAUCUAGUAGUAUUAAUGGUAUUCUUUGUCUUUAUAGAUACUUCAAAGAGAAUAAAAAAAUUGUAUUGUGGAAUCCAUCUACUGAGGAAUUCAAGAUCAUUCCUUCUAGUCCUAUUGAGUCAGGACUUUAUUGGGACAAACUUCAUGGAUUUGGUUAUGAUUUCCAUAAACAUGAUUAUAAAGUAAUUCGUCAUAUAACAUUGUUUUCAGAAAAUGAUGACAUUGAUCAAAGUUAUGGAGGUAAAUCUUUCAAAACUUUAUGGGAGAUAUAUAGCCUACAAAGUAAUUCUUGGAGUCAACUUUAUAUUGAUAUGCCUGUUUGUAGUGGAGAUAAGGAAAGUGUUCGAGUGUAUCUGGAUGGAAUGUGUCACUGGUGGGGUCUAGGUAAAACACAUACUUGUAAAGCAUAUUUGGUGUCAUUUAACAUGAGUAAUGAGGUAUUUGUUACAACACCUAUGCCCUCAGAUAUGGAUGAUAGUUGUCAAUAUCAUUCGACGGGAAAGCACUUGGUUGUAUUAAAUGGAUCAAUUUCUAUUAUCUCAAUUUUUUCAAAUACAGCUACUUUUCACAUAACAAUUUUAGGUGAAAUUGGGAUAGAAGAUUCAUGGAUCAAACUCUUCAUUGUUGGACCUUUGGCUUUUAUUGAACAUCCUAUUGGAGUAUGGAAGAAUGGAAAUAUAUUUUUUAGAAAAGAAGAUGAUGAACUAGUCUGGUUUAAUAUAAGUACCAAGAGGAUUGAGGAGCUUGGUCUUAAAUCACGGUUAAAAUUUGGUAAUAUUGUGUAUUAUAAGAAAAGUUUUUGUGUAAUAGGAGGAAAUAAAUAGUUAGUUGCUUUUCUUGUUUUUAGCCAUAGGUAUAUGAUUAUGUGCAACACCCCUAAUUAUUAUCUUUAAAAUUAUUGUUUUAAAUAUUAUUAUUGUUACUGCCCUAUUCUUAA